AUGACCUCCCACCGCGCCGACGCCAGCACCUUCCUCGACAACCGGGGCUACAGCGGCCCCCUAGUACGAGGCGUGAACCCAGCAACGCUCUUCGAAAAAGCCGUUCGGGACCGGAUCACCGACUCCUACUACUGGAAAGAGCAAUGUUUCGGACUCAACGCGGCGACACUCUGCGACCGAGCCGUGGAACUGACCUGCAUCGGGGGCGUAUACGGCGUAUCCGAAAAGCCCUCCCCAUUCCUCUGCCUCGCAUUCAAGCUUCUCCAACUCAACCCAGAGCGGGACAUUAUCCUCGAGUAUUUGAAUUUCAGCGAUCCCGACAACGAACCCACGAAUGAUGAUGAAUCCUACGAGGAGGGUAACGGGGUAGUCAAAGCGCGCGGCGACUUCAAAUACCUGCGUGCGCUCGCGGCGUUCUACGUGCGAUUGACGUUCGAGCCGGUGGAGGUGUACAAGACGUUGGAACCGUUGCUGUUGGAUUAUCGGAAGUUGAAGAGACGGGUGCGGGAUUCGUUUACGUUGACGUAUAUGGAUCAGUUUGUGGAUGAGUUGUUGACCAAGGAGAGAGUUUGUGGUACGAGUUUGUGGAAGUUGCCUGCUAGGCAGGUUUUGGAGGAUUUGGAUUUGUUGGAGGUUAGGGUUAGUCCGUUGCAGGAUGAGUUGGAGGAGAUGGAGAGGAGUGAUCGCGAGGAGGAUGAGGAUGAGGAUGGUGGUCGUGAUGAUGAGGGGAGUGAGGAGGGGGAGAGGCAGGGUGAUGAUUGAGAUGUCCGGCUUGGUGUCUGUUGAUUUUUCUGACCUCUUUUCUGGGCCUUGGCCUUGCGGUGCGGCUGAGCUGGGCUGGGUUAUUGGCUGCCUGUGUGUGCACGCAGGUUGCAGUGUAUAAGCCUGGAUCCCUGGGGCUGUCGGCUAGACGGUGUUCGGCUGAUGGCUACCAGAUCUGUGAGGUAGUCCACCGGUUGCGCCGUUCAGCGCCUACUCUAGCUGCUGCUGUGCGGCCGUCCGGAAACCCGCUCCGGCGACACCUACGUUCGGUGAAACGAUACGUGAAGCGACAGGCUACUGCUGCGGCUACGGAUGUACGCGCCUGGUCAAACUUGGUCCUCGUGGGAUACUAUUGAGUAGAUUGCUCAAUUUUGGAAUGCGCUGAGAUAGCCUCCAUUAAAACAC